AUUGCAUUAAUCAUGAGUAGAAAACCAAUUUUUUAUCCGGAUAAGUAACAAUAGCAGUAACAGAGUUAUUUGUAUAAUUAACCUACAUAAAUUUAAACUGGCAGACAAGCUGAUACUAGGAUUGCUAAUAUGAAAAACACAGAACACCUCUUAAUGGGUAUUAUUUUUUAUCAUUCAGCUCCAUAACAUAAUUCUCCAUUUUCUACAUUCAGCACAGCUAUUUAAUCAUAUGAUGCUUCAUUUUUGAGUAAUAGAGUCGAGGAUUCUAAUGGAGUAUUCUAAUAAAUUUUAAAACAUGUCAAUCAAAUAAUUAUGGAAAGAGUCUAGGUUUAAGAAUCAAAGAUAAAAGAAAUGUAAAAUCAAAUAGAUUAAAACAGAAAUAAUAUUAUUGAAAUCCGAGGAUAAAAUGCUGAAUAAUUAAGCUUAAAAUUUAUAUAGUUUGAAGAAUCUGUAAAAUUUAUAUAUCAAUUUUCUAGAUUAAAGCAUAAAUUAAAAAGGCUCAAGAAGAAUUGGUGAAUUAAUAGGCUAAUUUUCAAAAAGAUUAUUAAAUUAAGUUUAAAGAAUUGCAAGAUUCGACUGAUAAUAAAUUAAAAUUGUUAUAAAAAGAAAACUAGUAAAAUUUAGUUAAAUUUAAAGAAGAGUCUCAACUAAGAAUUCUUCCUCAAAUUAAUCUUAGUGAAGAUAAGACUAUAAAGGAUAUUCAAUAAAAAAUUAAAGAUCUUUAGUAAUUUUUUGAUUCUUAUCAUAAUGAAUAUACUUAAUCUGAUUAAAAAACUAAGUAAAAAUAUUUUCUAAUAUAUUUUAGAUAAUAAUUAACAAAACUAGAAAAAAAUAUAUUAGAACAAUCCUAAAAAAUUAAUGUUUAAGAAGAAUAAACAAUUGCUUAAUUUAAGAAUUUUUAAAAUAAUUAAUAAAACAAUAUAACCUAAGCAUGCAAAAAGUUAUCAGAUGAAAUUGAAAUUAAGUUAAAGUAAGUUUAGAAUAUGACACAGUAAAAACCAUUUUCUUAGUCUGAAAAGUAAUGGAUAGCUUAUAAAUUAGAUUGACAGAAUUAACACUUAAUUAGGAAGAUCAAAAUAAAAUUACUCAAGGAGUAUUUGAAUUACAGAAUUCUUAAAAGUUACUAUCUUAAUAAUACUAAGAAUUAUCACGAAGGAUAGAUCAACACUUAUCCUAAAAUUCUAAAUAAGAACUUUAUAUCUAAUAAUUAUAAUAGAAAUUAGAUAGGGUAUAGAUAUUAUUUUUAAUUUUAGAAUAAAGACGAAAUUGAUGAUGGAAUAACCUAAUUAAAAUUAGAACUUUCUUGUCUAAUGAAGUAAUUUGAGAAAAUUAAAUAAGAAUAUAAAAAUUAGUUUGAAUAUCUUUAAGAUUUAUAAAAUAAAUCAAACGAAGAAAUUAGAAAGUCAAAAUAAGAACUGCUAUUUUCCUUUAAAUAGACAGAUUAAAAUCAUUGGAUAGAUGAAUUUAAUAAGAAAAAGCCUGAAAUUUAACAAGCAUAAGUUCAAGUGUUUAAUUAUGAAGAAGAUUCAGAAAGUAAAAGUGAUCAUUAAUUAAAUGAAUUAUCAGAAUAAAACACAAUCGUAAGAAUUUGAUUAUUAUAUUAGGAAUAAAUAGAGCCAGAGUUUGAAAAAGAAGCUUUUAUUGAUAAGUUAAAAGCACUCAGUCCCUCUAAAAAUAAUUAAACUUAGGAGGAAAUGAUGGUAGAAGUUAAAGAAGUGAAUUAGAAUAAAGAAAACAAUUAAAAAGAAGAAGAAGAUGAUGAUAAUGAUAAUGAUAAUGAAGCAACAUAUCAAUUAGAUGAAAAUGGUUACUUAUUAGAUGAAGAGGGAAAUUAUUUAUUAGAUGAAAAUGGUUAAAUGAUUCAAUUAAAUGAAACCUAAAUAGAGUAUUUAAGAAAAUAAGAUAUGGUUUAAGAGGAAGAUAAUUGA